CGAUGUAACUGCCUACCUGACCCUUAAUAUAAACUGUCGUUUGUGAGAGUGUUGCGUAUCAUUAGUGAUAGGCUGAGACCAACUACGAAAUCAAAUCAAAGGAGUCGAGGCACAGAUCCUCAACUGCCCACACACGUGUAAGCUAUGCCAAAGGAACAUCCAUGACAUCCGCGCGAAUACGUUGUCUAUACAAAAAGUGCGAGCUAUGCUGCCGCCGCCCACAACACAGACUUCAUUUACUCUUGGAUUAAACUCUACAUAACAGCUGCCGAACACUAUGUCCCAGAAAUCAGCUAUGCCUGCGGUUUCACAGUCAGUUGACGGAUUCUUCAUUCCACAUAACAUAUCUGUUGUAGGCGAUGGUAGUGCGGGUGUAGAUGGGGCGCCACCGUGCAAUCGCAGCUUAGAUGAUAUGAAGGACGUGUACGAGACCCAACGCCUCAGUUCACAGCCCUCAGAGAGACUGUCGGGGACAUCAC